AUGUUUCAUUUUUUAAGGCGCUUAGUUUGUGAGUUGCGUUGGUUGUCCCCGCGAUUACCAUUUUUAUCCAAAAUGAGUGAACUGGACCAGCUACGGCAAGAAAGUGAACAACUCAAAAAUAUGAUCAGGGAGGCACGCAAAGCUGCAGCUGAUACUACGCUACUUCAAGCAUCUAGUAACGUGGAGCCAGUAGGACGAAUUCAGUUGCGUACUCGUCGUACUUUACGCGGCCAUUUGGCAAAAAUUUAUGCUAUGCAUUGGAGCACUGAUUCGCGCAAUCUUGUAUCUGCCUCACAAGAUGGCAAACUUAUAGUUUGGGAUGGGUAUACUACUAACAAGGUUCAUGCCAUUCCUCUAAGAAGUAGUUGGGUCAUGACCUGUGCCUAUGCACCUUCCGGUAAUUAUGUCGCAUGUGGUGGUUUGGACAACAUUUGUUCCAUUUACAAUCUUAAAACACGCGAAGGUAAUGUACGUGUCAGUCGUGAGCUUCCAGGACAUACAGGAUACUUAUCAUGUUGUCGUUUUCUUGAUGAUAGUCAAAUUGUGACAAGUUCUGGUGAUGUGACUUGUGGACUUUGGGAUAUUGAAACUGGGCAACAAGUUGCUACUUUCACAGGUCAUACAGGCGAUGUAAUGAGUCUUAGUUUAGCACCUGAUCUACGGACAUUUGUUUCAGGAGCUUGUGAUGCGUCGGCAAAACUAUGGGAUAUACGUGAUGGUCAAUGUAAACAAACGUUCACUGGACAUGAAUCAGAUAUCAAUGCAAUUAUAUUCUUUCCGAGCGGUUUAGCUUUUGCAACUGGUAGCGAUGAUGCAACCUGUCGAUUUUUUGAUAUUAGAGCUGACCAAGAAAUUGGAAUGUUUAGUCAUGAUAAUAUUAUUUGUGGAAUAACAAGUGUUGCUUUCAGUAAAAGUGGACGAUUACUACUUGGUGGAUAUGAUGAUUUCAAUUGCAAUAUAUGGGAUACACUUAAACAAGAACGUGCUGGUAUAUUGGCUGGACAUGAUAACCGUGUUAGUUGUUUAGGCGUGUCCGAAGAUGGUAUGGCAGUGUGCACAGGAUCAUGGGAUAGUUUUUUGCGAAUAUGGAACUGAUAGAAAAAAAAGAAAGAAUUCAAAUCAUUUGUUUAAAUGUGUGAAUCUGUGCACUGUCAGUUUUUUUCUCUUGGUUUCCGAUAUUGUUGUUUCGUUUUUUGGCCAACAAAAAUAAAUAAAUAAAUAUAGGAUUGUAAUCAAUCUAAUAAUCCGAAAAAAGUUGUUUUCUUCCUUUUUUUAUCACUGGUUGUUCCUUCUAUCUCUCUCUCUCCCAGUUUUCACUUUUUUGUUUCUCACAUACUAGAAACACAAUUGCAGUUGACUUAUUAUUAAUGAGGUAGUUUGUCAGAAUUUCAUUUUCCCAUUCUUUUCUGUUUCUUUUUUACUGCUUUGAGUUUCACAUUGCAUAGUGAAUGGGCUAUGUGUGUCUGUGUAUGUGCUUUCAAGCAAAGUAAGUGAUCAAAUCCUCUUAUUAUCUGAGUUUUUCUCAAUCCAAGUGUUUUUCUUUUGGUCAACUUUUUUCAGAAGAGAGUUUACAAUGUUGUAAGUCAAUUAGUCAAUUGUUUAUUUCUUCUCCUACUACUCUCUUCUAGAGUAUACUUUUUAUUCAAUAUGUACAAGACAUAAAAUGUAUUGAGUCUGUUGUCGAAAGAAGAUUUAACUUAGUGCGUGUAUGUGUAAUUUCUCUAUAAUAUUUUAUGCUUGAUUUCUAUUCGCUCCAGCCUCUCCUGCAUUUACUUCAUAAUAUAGAAGAGAUCUCUGUAAUUUUUUUUUAUCUAUAUGUUUGUGCGCUUAUGUACUAACUUGAAGACAUAAUUAAUGUAUGCACUUAAGCGUCAUAUAUAUGAAUAUAUAUUUACGUAUUUUUCUCCUGCAAAUUACUAGAGAUUUUUCAGUAUCUGUUCGCUUUCAUAAUCAUUUUUUCGGUUUGCCUUGAAUUAUACAACCUCUUGGAUCUUGUACCUAGAGUGUUUUUAUGUAGUACGAACACACAGUUUCCAGCAUUUUUUCUCUCUCAACUAGUCGCUUUAUGAUUCCUGUAAUCAUUUCCUUUACAGUUAUAGUCGUUAAUUUGUAAAAUUUAACAUACUUGUUUAUUUCUGGGCUGUUGUACUCAUUUUUCUCUAUUUGAUGCAUUUCUUAUAAGUUUGCUUUGUGUUUUACAACAACUAUUGCUGCUACCAACACUACCACCACCAAGUUCGUCUAUUUGUUUAUCUUUCAAUCCACUAAUGAAUAAUGCAACUUUGCUAGAAUACAAAUAAAAAAGACUGUUAAAAAUGUUUAAAUGCCCGGUUAAAUUAAAAAUAAAAAAUCUAUUGUGUAUUUACAGUAUAUAAUGUAGAGUGUAUUUUAUUUCAGAGGAAACUCCGGGUUAUUGAAUAGUGCUAGAAAGCAGUGAUGAUUAUAUAACAAAAAGAAGUUUGUAAUUCAUUAAAUUCUUCAUUGGAAACAAAACGUUAGUUGUAUUCUUUUUGCCAUAUUAAUAUUACUAUCUGUUUAACUUCGAGAAUGUAUUGUUUCAUUUUUGUUUUCGAUAGUUCCUGUGUGUUGUUCCCCAUGAUUUAUGUAACAGAGGGCAUACAAACAGAAGUCUUUUUUGACCUAGUCUUUACCCUUUUUCCCAAUACUUAGAGGUUUUUUUCAAUUUGAGUAUUUUUUUUUCUUCUGUUGCACAUUACGUUAGUCACUUCAUUCUUUUAUAGUAUGAUAACAAACUGGACUGCUUUUCCGGACAAAAUUCAUUGAUACAUUUAACAACAACAAAUUUAAUGCAUUUGACAACACUUUAUUUUAGGCUUCUUAACACGAAUCGGUUAUGGUGUGUUUCUUUAUUCAUGGAGUUGACUUUGUGUUUUCUGAUCAUCGAUAAUUGGUGGACGAGUUAUUAUCUGCCAAUUUAUUUUUCUUUUUAUGUGUAAGACAAAACACCAAAACAAAAUCCUAUCAACCUGAGGUUGUUUUGUUUUGUAAUGCAUCAGGUUUUCGCAUAAUUACUCACAUGUGUAAUAUUUUACAGAAUUACACGUAAAAAAUCGAGACUAAUUCAAUUGAAAAAAAAACAAUUUUAGAACUUGUGAUUUUAUCUUUGUUCUUUGUCGUAUUUCACUAUGAAGUGUUUUAUGCUUAUGUUGGCAAUAAUAAUGUUUGCAAACAUCAUUAGUAAUACAAGUGAUGUAGAACAAAUUACUUUUGUUAAUGCUUUUCACAUAA